AUGAGAGGUCCGUUACUUGUGUGCCAGGAGAAGGAUAGGGUCCUGUUAAAGGUAGCCAGUUCUUCUUCGAAGAACGACGCGGUUCUAAAUGUGUCAACACACGAGAACGAGGUGAACGUUUUGGGCAGUACUGAGUUUCCUGUUCGUGGAAAUAUCAUGAAGGUGGCUGCGUUGAUCGGUAUCAUCAAGUUGAAGUUCGGUAAGUACGUGAUUAUUGCCAAUAGAGUCGAGGAAGCUGGUUGUUUGAACGGUCAUAAUGUGUACAAGGUGGCUGAGCACACGAUUAUCAGCGUUGAUAAGAAGCAGAGACCAGAUUCUGAUGAGUCUCAGUAUUUGCAGUUAUUGGAACAGCAUUUAGCUGGUGCGACUCUGUUCUAUUCGUAUGGUUACGAUUUGACAAACAGUGCUCAAAGGAACGAAGAACUAGAGUCAUCAGCUGUGUCGUGGGAACAAGCGGACAGGAGGUUCUUUUGGAACUAUUACGUGACAGAAUCCUUGCAGAAGCUUGCUAAAGUUGAUGACAGGGUAUCAGACUUCAUUAUUCCUAUGAUCUAUGGGUAUGCUAAGGUUGUUGAUACUGUUUUCCAUGCGACUCCGAUUUCGAUUGGAUUGAUCACGAGAAGGAGUAUAUUUAGGGCCGGAACUAGAUAUUUCCGCAGAGGCAUUGACGAACACGGUAAUGUUGGUAACUUCAACGAGACAGAGCAGGUGCUGUGUGUUCAAAAGCCAAUGAAGGAUGGCUAUCACUUCUUCUCUUUUUUACAAACGAGGGGUUCCGUGCCAGUUUAUUGGGCAGAGUUGAACAAUUUAAAGUACAAGCCGAACUUGUUGUUGGCUGAGAACAGCUCGUUAGAUGCAACCAAGAAGCAUUUCGAUGAACAAACUCGGUUGUACAAUGAAAACUAUUUGGUGAAUCUAGUCAAUCAAAAGGGACACGAAUUACCUGUGAAGGAAGCUUACGAACAGGUUGUUACUGCCUUAAAUGACCCAAAGCUUCACUAUAUCUACUUCGAUUUCCAUCACGAAUGUAGGAAUAUGCAAUGGCACAAGGUCAAAUUGUUAUUGGAUCAUUUGCAAUCAAUGGGCUUGUCCAAUAAAGAUUUCUUCCACAAGACUUUGGAUGCUAAUGGUGUUACACUGCAAGUUUUCUCCAAGCAGCAAUCGGUGGUUAGAACUAACUGUAUGGAUUGCCUGGACAGAACUAAUGUGGUUCAAUCCGUGUUAGCUCAUUGGGUGUUACAAGAAGAGUUUAAGACUGUUGGAUUGACCGACGAUACCGGCUUAUGGGAAUUAGACAAGAACUUGUUGUUUGAAUUCCAAAGCUUUUGGGCAGAUAACGCAGACGCUGUCAGUGUUGCUUAUUCAGGUACUGGGGCAUUGAAGACCGAUUUCACUAGAACUGGCAAACGUACUUACCUAGGUGCUAUAAAGGAUGGUAUUAACUCUAUUUCUCGUUACUAUCAAAACAAUUUGACAGAUGGCCCAAGGGAAGAUGCAUUCGAUUUGUUCCUGGGAAAUUUCAGACCUUACGCAAGUGUGGUCCAUUCACCAUUCCCAGAUAGAAGACCAAUGCUAAUUCAAGCGGUUCCUACCAUGAUCUACGCUGCCCUCACAGUUAUGAUGGCAACUAUACUUUUCCCCAAGAAUCAUUUCACAAGUGCGAAGAAUCUAUCUUUCUUUUUCGGAUCCUUCAGUAUUGUUGUCUUAUGCACACAUUUCGUAUUUAAGAGGGGUAUUCAAUAUGUGAACUGGCCAAAGUUAGUCGAUUUAGGGUAUUUGAUUGCUGAGCACACGCAUAACAAGGAGAAACAAUUCAAAGGUGUUAGAUACGUUCCUGAUCCAAAGUUCGUUAAACCAAAUUCCUUCAAGAGGGACUAG